CAUCAAUCCAAAUUUUAAACCCAUGUCUUCAAAAAAAGUUAUAUUAGCUUAUUCUGGGGGAUUGGAUACAUCAUGCAUUUUAGUUUGGCUUAUUGAAAAUAAUUAUAAUGUUAUUGCUUUUAUGGCUAAUAUAGGUCAAAAUGAAGAUUUUGAAGCUGCAAAAGUUAAAGCACACAAUUUAGGAGCUCUCAAGGUAAUUGUGAAAGAUAUUAGACUUUCAUUUUUAACGGACUACGUUUACCCACUGCUAAAAUCAGGAGCUCUAUACGAAGACCGAUACAUGAUGGGAACGGCUAUCGCCCGCCCUUGUAUAGCGGCUGAGAUGAUAAGGAUAGCCAAAGAGGAAGGAGCUCAAUAUGUUUCCCAUGGGGCUACGGGAAAAGGAAAUGAUCAAGUCCGUUUUGAGCUAGCUUGUUACGCCCUUUAUCCCGCUCUAAAGAUCAUCGCUCCCUGGAAAAUCCCAGCUUUUUAUGAAAGAUUCCCCGGCCGUCCCGAAUUAUUUGAAUAUGCUAAAAGCAAAGGGGUCCCAUUGCCUUCGACUUUGACACCCAAAACUCCUUGGAGCGUUGAUGCAAACCUUAUGCACACCUCCUAUGAAUCGGGGCUUCUUGAGGAUCCUUACAAUUCAGCUCCGUCUGACCUCUACCAAACCACUGCUGACCCUUUUACUGAUUUAACUAAACACAGGGAUUCCGAGAACAUGAAUAGCAUAGACUUGUCUAAAAAGAGACCUAAACACGCCGGUAAAGAUGAUGUGAGUGCUUUAAAAUCAGAAGUUAGCACUGAUUUUUGUCUUUCCGGUACUCCAUCUCAGCCUCAGGAAAUAGAAAUUGAAUUUAAGUCCGGGGAACCAGUAAAAUUGAUUGUUUAUUAUUCCAAGGGAGGGGGUGGCCACACACUCACAAAAGAUGAUUUGAUUAAUAAAUCUUCGGUCAAAAAAUCUCAUGGCAAAGAAUUUUCUAAUGACUCUGUGGGAGAUAACAAUAUUUUAAUGGUUAUCAAAAAUGAUCCGCUAUCCCUUUUUAUUAAACUCAAUCAUAUAGCAGGACAACACGGUGUUGGUCGUUUAGACAUUGUUGAAAAUCGAUUUGUGGGUAUGAAAUCGAGAGGGAUUUACGAGACACCUGCUUUCACCGUUUUAUUCGAAGCUCACAGAGAUCUGGAAGCUCUUGUUUUAGACAGAGAAGUUCGAAAAAUAAAAAGAUAUCUUGCGGAACGUUUUUCCGAGCAAAUUUACAAUGGAUUUUGGUUUUCUCCGGAAUGCGAGUACACGCGAUCUUGUUUGGAAUUGAGUGAACGAGGUCUAGUAUCAGGUUUCGUGAAAGUUAUUCUUUUCAAAGGCCAUGUAUACAUAAUUUCCCGAAAAACAUCAGAUCCAAAAUUAUCCCUCUAUAAUCAAGAUCUAGUGAGCAUGGAUGUUAAAGGAGAUUAUGAUCCAGUCGAUGCCAACGGUUUUAUUAAAAUCAACUCCUUAAGGUUAAAGGAGCACCAAAGACGAAAAGAAAGAAUGAAUUUUUGAAUCUAUUAUUUACAUUUCCUUUCAAAUCGGUUUAUAAUUUUUCUUUAAAUUAAAUCAUAGAGCACCAUUUGGUAAAAUUUUGACACAACAUUUGCUCACUAUUUUUUUUACAUUUUGUUUUAUAUGAAUAUCCAAUCAAACUUUAAUUUAUAUUUAAAAAUGAUAUUUAUAUAUAUUAUUGUUAAUUAUUG